AUGGGUGCCCAGGAUCUCCAGACUAUCGAAGCCCGCGGCUCCGUGAUCAAGAUCAUCAACACCUCAGGAACCCAGGUCAUCGACACCUGGGCCUUUGCCUUACCAAAGCCUGAACCCAAACCGAGCGGCGGCGGCGGCGAGGAGCAGGAGCAGAAGAAAGAAGAGCAGAAGGGCCAGCAGGCGAAGAAACUCUCCCCUACACAGGUCAAGAAGUCCGGCGAGCUACCGAGUCAAGAGGACGCUGAGAAGGCUACGCAAGAGGCUCAAGCUAAGGGUGACGAGGCUACUGACGAGACGCAAAAGAAGACAUGGACCUCGUACGCGACGUCGUAUGUCCCGACCCUUGGGCUGGGAGGGAAGAAGGGGGAUGACAAGGGUGAUGGUGGUAAGAAGGGCGAGACUGAACAGCAGAAGAACAGCCGCACAUGGAGCAGCUAUUUCGCAGUUGGCCAGGGUUUUAGCUCGUAUAUCCCCAAGCAAGCAACGGACACAGUGUCCCAAUUUGCAUCGCAACACCAAAGAGACACGAGCAAGUCCUAUCUUGAACAACUCCAGGACUUCUCAAAGACACCAGUGGGAGCAGCAGGCAUGGCAGCUGUGACUGGAUCUGGAUACGGUGGAAGUCUUUAUGCCGGCUACAACGCAUGGAACGCGAAGAAUGCGGCCGAUGCAGCUUCGAUGGAGUUCAUGAGCAUGACCCACACUCGCGCUGCUACGCUUCAUCUCUCGCCAAAGGUUAACGAUACGCUGGUGUCUAAUGUGCGUGAGCCGAUUCUCACGGUUGUGGAGGACUCUUCGCCUGGCGUUCACGAUACUCUCAUUGCUGCUUGUGAUCCGAAGCGAUACAAGAAUCUGGGAGUUCCGAAGUGGGAAGAGCAUGGAUCUUGCGCAGAGAAUCUUGUUCUGGCAUUGAAGGAGUUGAACGAACGUGCUGGAUUGAAGGGGGCCAAGGCCGUCGGUGCUGAUGUGACGAUCAACAAUGUGCCAGCCCCCCUGAACCUGUUCAUGAACAUUCCCUGGGACGACGAAGGCGAUCUCGGCUUCAAGGCACCAAAGUCGAAGAAGGGCGACUUCAUUCGUUUGAGAGCAGAGCGCGACGUUGUCGUGGUCAUGAGCGCCUGUCCGCAAGACAUUCUCGAUAUCAACAACAAGAACCCAACAGACGCCAGCUUCGUGGUUGAGGAGAGUGAAGACGCAGCCAAGGCUGUCAAGAGGACCGCACCCAAGAAGAAGGUCCCUGCACGUAGACCUUCUGCAGCGCCCUCCCAGGCAGGCUCUACGGCUUCCGCACAGCCCAAGAAAAAGCCCAUCCCAUCGAAGACGCCUCCGGCCAAGAAGCCCGCGAACGCUGUGCAAAGCGGCGGUACACCUGCUCAGCCCGCACAGAAGGCUGCACAACCAGCAAAGAAGGCCCCGGCACCAGUCAAGAAAGCAGCCCCCGCCCAGCCUGCAAAGGCGCCAGCAGCGCCACCAAAGAAGCCUACGCCACCGACCGCAAACGGCACCCCUAACGGAGGCGCUGCACCAGUCAAGAAGGCACCCAAAAAGCUGGCCAAGCCUCAGGCUGCGGCGGAGUGA